AGGUGAAGGAAGGAAAGAAAGUUACCAUGGCAGCGGCUUCAGAUCAGAAUGUGGAGUUUGUGCGAACAGGCUACGGCAAGAACAAAGUGAAGGUGCUGGUGAUCAGGAGACAGGGCAGCCAUCACUACAUCAUCGAGCUGAAAGCUGACGUGGAGCUCACUCAAUCCCGCAAAGAUUAUCUAACUGGAGACAACUCAGACAUCAUCCCCACCGACACCAUCAAAAACACCGUCCAUGGCCUGGCCAAGCUCAAGGGGGUUAAGACCAUUGAGCAGUUUUCUCUGGAUAUCUGUCAUCAUUUCCUGACCUCCUUCAACCAUGUGCUGAAGGCCAGAGUUCACAUGGAGGAGGCUCCAUGGAGACGGUUGGAGAAGAAUGGGGUAGAGCAUGCUCAUGCAUUCAUCUUUAGCCCUGAAGCUUGUCGCUUCUGUGAUGCUGAACAGAAUCUCAAUGGCAUCCCGGUGGUACACAGCGGGGUAAAGAACAUGACGCUGCUGAAAACCACCCAGUCUGGCUUUGAGGGUUUCCACAAAGACCGCUUCACUACUCUGCAAGAGACCAAGGACAGGUGUUUCUGCACCUCUGUCAUGGCUAGGUGGCGCUACAGCAAGAGUCAGGAUGUCGACUUCGAUGCUGCAUGGAAGUGUGUGAAGGAGACGAUCAUUGAGAAGUUUGCUGGUCCUUAUGAUCUUGGAGAGUUCUCCCCCUCUGUGCAGAAGACCCUUUAUGAAACACAGGUUCUGGUCCUGGAUCGAAUUCCUGAGGUUGAUGAAAUAGAGAUGGUCAUGCCCAACCAGCAUUACAUCACCAUAGACAUGACGAAAAUGGGGAUCAACAACAAAGAUGAAGUUCUUCUUGCCUUGGAUAACCCUUCAGGCAGCAUCACAGGGACGGUCCGUAGGAAACAGAAAGCCAAGCUGUGAAGGCACCUACAUAAACCAGGAAAUGCUACUGCUCUGGUUUACAUGUCAAUCUAAAUAAGCUACUUGAUCAAAUAAUAGUAAAGUUCUGACAACAAAAUAUUAACUUUUAAAUAUUUCCGAAUAACAACUACAACUCAAGAUAUCCGAACAUGAUUCUGGCUUUAUCUGUAAGUAAAUAUAAUGAAAUAAAGGACUUUACUAAUAUUGUUCUUUUGUGAGAAAAGAGCACCAUUUAUUGCAAAUCUUUGAUUCAGAUGGUCAAUCUCCAGUGUUAUGUUACACAUAUUCAUUGGUCAUACACAAUUUAAACAGCUGUCUAUUUGACAAUACUGAAAGCACCACAGGUGGGAACAUAAAAAUUCUAUAAACACAUAAACAUUUUUUUUUAUAAACAGCCUUGAGCCUAGAUAUUUAGGUGUGCAGGAACAGGGCCUUUAAUAAACUUGUUUCUGGGGAAAAAAUGUGUUCACUGUUACAUGCUAAGGACGUUUUAGUGACUCAGCUGCAGAGAUUAGAGCAUAAAAAGUGAUUUAGGGCAAAACGGAUAUUCCAGAAUCAUUUUCUGCAAGUAUCAAAGGGUUUGGGUAUGACAACAUACACAGUUUUCAACUAUAUAUCAUCUUAUAUACAAAUACUUGUUUUUAUAAACCGUCGUGGGUUAACUCACUUUGUACAUACAGUACCAGUCAAAAGUUGACAUCACAACUAUAAAAGAACCCAUAUGGAAUUAUCUAGUUAACAAAAAAGUGUUAAAAAAAUCCAGAAUAUGAUUUAUAUGUUGCUGGCUACUGCAGAAUGCUGUGUUAGCCAUGCUGGUUAAGUGUGCCUUGAAUUCUGAAUAAAUCACCAACCGUGUCACCAGCAAAGCCCCCCCACACCAUCACACUUCCUCCUCCAUGCUUCACGGUGGAACCACACAUGCAGAAACCAUCCGCUCAACUUCUCUGCAUCUCACAAUGACACGGAGGUUGGAACCAAAAAUCAAAAAUGUGGACCCAUCAGAUCAAAGUACAGAUUUCCACUUUCUAAUGUCCAGUCCUUGUGUUUCUUGGCCCAAACGAUUCUCUUCUUCUUGUUCUUCAUCCUCAGUAGUGGAUAUUUGCAGCAAUUGGACCAUGAAGGCCUGAUUCACGCAGUCUCCUCUGAACAGAGGAUGUUGAGAUUGUCUGCUACUUGAGCUCGUGUGAUCAUUUAUGUGGGCUCUAAUCUGAGGUGCUUUAAUGUGCGGUUUCUGAGGCUGGUAACUCUUGUGUAUUUAUCCUAUGCAGCAGAGGUAACUCUUGCUCUUCAUUUCCUGGGGGGGUCCUCAUGAGAGCCAGUUUCAUCAUAGCGUUCGAUGGUUUUUGCGACUGCACUUGAGGGUAAAUUCAAAGUUCUUGACAUUUUCCGGAUCGACUGGCCUUCAUUUAUUAAAGUGAUGAUCUCUU